GUAGUAGCAGUGCGUUGAUUCGCUACCAUGCCCGAGCCAGCCAAGUCCGCCCCCGCGCCCAAGAAGGGCUCCAAGAAGGCGGUGACCAAGACUCAGAAGAAAGGCGACAAGAAACGGCGUAAGAGCCGCAAGGAGAGCUACUCCAUCUACGUGUACAAGGUGCUGAAGCAGGUGCACCCCGACACGGGCAUCUCGUCCAAGGCCAUGGGCAUCAUGAACUCCUUCGUCAACGACAUCUUCGAGCGCAUCGCCGGCGAGGCGUCGCGCCUGGCGCACUACAACAAGCGCUCCACCAUCACGUCGCGGGAGAUCCAGACGGCCGUGCGGCUGCUGCUGCCCGGCGAGCUGGCCAAGCACGCCGUGUCCGAGGGCACCAAGGCUGUCACCAAGUACACCAGCUCCAAGUAGGCCGAUUCCUGCGUCUUUAG